UCUGCUUCUCCGGCUGCAGCGGAUUUCAAUCACAGCAGUGCGAACAUGUCGGGACAUGCCUGUGUGUCCCCGCGAGUAGCGCACUGUAGCGCACCGGGCAAAUGUGCCAGUCAACAACUUCAACCACAAGCCUAACUGGACCGAAUUUACCCCAAGCCACAGGAGACGGUUACUUUAAUGGGACAGAGAAUUAAGUGACUGCUGAGAUUUGCCCCUGCUGCAAUAUAUGGAAUGGAUUGCUCAACGGACGAGUAUUACCACAGUGGACAAUGUCACAAGUGCCCACAAUGUCCACCUGGCCAAGAACUGAAAGAGGACUGCGGCUAUGGUCUAGGUGUGUCGGCAGCGUGUGGUGUAUGUGACGUUCGGUGGUUUAAGGAAGACUGGGGUUCUCACCCUUGCGCGCUGUGCCAGAACUGCCGCAGACUCAACAGACACCAAAUCAAGCGCUGCACACACAGAGACAACGCAGUGUGCGGAAACUGCCUCCCUGGUUUCUACAGCAAAAUGCGACUGGAUGGAUUAGAAGAUUUGGAAUGCCUUCCAUGUGGCCCCGCCCCCUUCAGAAACAUACAGUGUAGCCGAGAAGAAGGAACUGGUGUGGCAAAAGCCCAGACCUCAGCACCUCCCAUUCAAAAUGUAUCCUCCAUAGUGACCGCUUGUGCAGCAACAGCUGUAUUAACAACCAUCCUAUUUGCCAUUGCGUGUGUCACCUACCAGACACGGUCUUCACUCAGGAAAACAUGCAAAAGUUGUUUAUCACCGGUCAGUAGCGGUCACCAUGACAGUGAUGCGGCUUCGUUUCCCAUGACAACCCUACACACAGUGAUGCGGGAUGCAGAAGUGGACACAUCAAAUCCUUGCCUGCUAUUAAAAGACCCCUGCAUGCCUGAUGACAUCACCACCACGAUGACCUCUGAUCUUGGCCUGCAUGGGUGUGAGGUUCUUCCUCUGGUGCGAAGCUCGGCCUGCACUGAUCCUGCAACGGGAGUCGCCAUGCAGGCAACAGAAAAGCCUGAAAUUUCUUCUUCGGACUCUGCCCUCUCCAGCCAGCAUGUCAUUCUCACUCUGGUAGGAGGACAGUCUACAGUGAGGCCCUGCUGUGCCGUAGAGCAACGGACAGCCUGGGGGCUUCAUGCUCCGGUAGAGUGCACUGAACUGGACCUUCAGCAUCUCUCCAACGCCCCGGAGCUGCAGACAUUCAGUCCUUCAGACUUCAUAGCCAGAAAUAUCCCACAGUGCCCCCAGACCUGAUUCUGCGGGACCUGGAGAAAGAGAGAGCGUGAAGAAAAAGUGGAAAAGGAGAUUGUUAACGUGAAGAGAGAUCACAGCUGCAAAUGUAUGAUCAUGGUAAUGAGACGCUUAAAGACGCAACAUACACACUCAAUAUGAAUAUAUAAUGUGAAGCUCAUUGAAAUAAGUGCUGCUGUAGUUGUCUGAGGUUUCUGCAAUGUGAAAAACAGGUGCUUAUUAGCACAAAAAGGACAUUAACAGGAGAGAGGCAGGGAAAAAAAAUAUUCAUUUACUUGUUUUUUUUUAUUUCAUUAUCACGAGUCACACAUUUGGUAGAAUACAUUGUUUAGAGGGGACUCAGUUCUGUCCAGUGGUUGCUGAUCAUUCACAAUAAGAUCAAUAACACAUAUUUAGAAAAAAUUAAUUUAAUUCUGACUUCAGUGGAACAUCACUCAUUUAUAUUUAAGGAAUUGUUCAACCAAAGUUCUGUCAGUAUUUACUCACUAUCAUGUCAAUCCAAACCGGUAAGCUAUUAUAAUUACAAUGUCAGAAUUUUAAUUGAGAAAGAGCUGCUUUAAAAUAGUUUGAACAGCUGGAAAGACAUGAGGGUAAAUAAAUGAUAACAGAAUUCAAAUUUUAGUUUGAACUACAGUACCAUUCAAAAGUUCAGGAUCAGUAAGAAUUUUUUUCCAAAUUAAUAAUUUAAAGGGAUAGUUCACCCCAAAAUGAAAAUUAUCCCAUGAUUUACUCACCCUCAAGCCAUCCUAGGUGUAUAUGACUUUCUUCUUUCAGACAAAUACAAUUGGAGUUAUAUAAAAAAUGUCCUGGCUCUUCAAAGCCUUAUAAGUAAGGAAUAAUUGACGACGGGCCAUUGAAUUCUUAGAAAAUAAUGCACACCCCGAGGUGGUGACGUGGCCACGACUUGAAUUGGGUGUGCGUAAGAAUUCAACAGUCCGAAAUCAAUUAUUCUGCUUAUACUACGGUUGCCACACCUCAAGGCAUUGGUCCAGUUUUUUUCCUUAAAACGCUAUUGCGAGUAUAAUUAAUUUCUUACACAGUUCAUCCAAUGCCUUUGUUGCUAAUUCCAAAAUGUCAUUUUAGACCUAGUAAUGACGCCUGAGCUGCUGAUAGUCACAAAUGGCUUUAGAUUACACUGACCAUAUUUGCUGUUGAUCUGAAUCAAUCGCUAGGAGGAGAUAAUACAAUUUUGUUUAAACCUUGUUUAAAUACAACACCUGAAAAUGGCAAAAUGGCACAAAACUUCCAAAGAAAAUUCAAAAUAACAGACUUCCUGUUGGGUUUCAGACUUCUUACCCGGGGACUUUUUUUGUAGGUAUUGGUGUAUUACAUGUGUCUACCAAAUUUCGCAAAUGUAUGUGAAACACAGCUCGAGGGGCACUUCGUUGAAAUUUUAUAGGUGGAGCUAUCAAGCCAUUUUGCCACACCCACUUCUGAAACCCAUAUCAGAUGUCAAUUUUCACUAUUUUUGGCACAUGUGCAAAGUUUCAUGAGUUUUCGAGCAUGUUUAUGCCCUCAAAAAUGCAAUUUAUUUUGGAGAAAAAGAAGAAUCCAAGCAAUUCCAAUUCCUAAUAACUCUGAUUGUAUUCCUCUGAAAAAUAGUCAUAUACACCUAGGAUGGCUUGAGGCUUGAGUAAAUUAUAGGGUAAUUUUCAUUUUUGGGUGAACUAUUCCUUCAAUAAAUCGAUUAAGUUAAUUUUUGUGGAUUCUAAAUUAGUUAAUUAAGUUUAAUUAACUGGACCGCAAAACCAGUCUUAAGUAGCACAGGUAUUUUUGUAGCAAUAGCCAAAAAUACAUUGUAUAGGUCAAAAUUUUUCUUUUAUGCCAAAAAUCAUUAGGAUAUUAAGUAACGAUCAUGUUCCAUGAAGAUAUUCUGUAAAUUUCCUACGUAAAUAUAUCCAAAUUAGUAAUAUGCAUUGCUAAGAACUUCAUUUGGACAACUUUAAAGGCGAUUUUCUCAAUACUUUGAUUUUUUUUGCACGCUCAGAUUCCAGAUUUCCAAAUAGUUGUAUCUUGGCCACAUAUUGUCCUGUCCUAACAAAUCAUACAUCAAUGGAAAGCUUAUUUAUUCGAUGAUGUAUACAUCUCAGUUUUUACAAACCUGACCUUUAUGACUGGUUUUGUGGUCCCGGGUCACAUAUCAGAAUGAUUUCUGAAUGAUCAUGUGACACUGGAGUAAUGACUGCUGAAAAUGACUUAGCCAGCUUUGCCAUCACAUGAACUUACAUUUUAAAACAUACAUAAAAAGAAAAGUUAUUUUAAAUUGCAAUAAUAUCUCACAAUUACCAUUUUUUUUAUUUUUGGUCAAAUAAAUGCUGCCUUGGUGAGCAUAAAAGACUUUUUUUCAAAACAUUAAAAACCCAAACAUCGAAACAUCAGUGUACUGUACCUCUAUAAUUUUUCUAGAGUAUGUCUACGCUCACUCCUGCUGUCUAUAUUGAUCAUAUCCUUUAAAAGCUGAAAACUUUGGGCAGUUGGCACUGCACCUCAGUGAUGCGGGUCAUGUUCUGCACCAGUCUGAACAUGUUUACUGCUUCAAGUGCUCAGUUAUAACAGCUAUACCAGACCUGCUACAAAAACCAUAACUGGAGUUUAUAGAGACUGGGCUUGAUUUGGCUAAUCACUGGAUUUGUAACUAACACUACUAUUACUGAUGACAGCCUCAUAGUACCUGAUUUACUCUUUACUUUACGAAAACUUUUUCCAGUUUUGGACUGAAGGGUAGUACGCUGCCAAAGCAAACCAACCCGGCUUAUGCCUAAGCUGUAUCACAUUACUACUAAAAACCAGCAAAACAUUCACAAUUAUUAAUUUAUUAUACACUAAAUUGAACUGAUAGCCUGUGUGGGGAAAAAAUGGGAAUUCUGGCCAUUACAGGUUGUUGUGUGAACCCGUCUUAUGCUUUACGAAUAAUUAUUCUAUGCCUCAAAGCUUCAGGUCUCGGAUGUGGUUAAGUGGAUUUGCAAAUUUAACUAGCAAAACACAGAUCAAGUCACAACACGCAGUAUUCUGAUAUUGCCUCCGAUAAAGCUUGACCUUAUUGUGCCCCUUCCAUUUCACAUAAACGGGUUUAAUCUCAAUCAGUAAGUUGUUUUCGGUCAUUUUAAAUUUAAGGAAUCACAGGAUGCUUUUUUGCCAGUGUUAAGUGCAUCUUUUCAACACUUUUAUAGCACAAUAGCCUGUUAGCGCUGCAGGGAAACCACAUGUGAGCACGUCAAUCAGAUUUCCGACUUUUUCAAAGCUUUUUAGUUUACAGCAGUGCAAAAGUGAAGCUAUAUUCCUUUAGCACUGCAAUAUUUUUACAGGAUUUAACAAUAUUUAUCCAAUAACUCAGUUACACAAUUUCAAAUACGCAACCACUAAUGUACAGUAAAUGAGCUGCAAGAAGGACAUUAUGUUUUCGAUGCUCCUAAAAACAUAAUUUAACUUCAUUACAAACCAGCGUGUGCAAACCUGUUUUAAAAUACACGCAUUACAGUUCUUUGAAGAAGACUGCAGUUAGUUGCCUGAGGAGCAAGAUCUAUUGUAAACAGAAGUGUUAUCGUGUGGGCCAACGCCAGCUCUUUAGUCAGCAGGUGUGUCUCUGAAUGCACAAAGAUGUGUUUGAGGUGGUUUGAUGGACAGAUGCAGGUGGAUGACUCCGAUACCACAAAAAUUGUACAAUUAUACAAUAUUGCAUUGAAUGUUCGGCUUUGCUCUGUCCAAACGUGUUUUUAUGCACCAUACGUGCGGCCCCUCCGAGUGGCAAUGGCAUCAAGCAUCAUUAGUAGGUGUUGGGUUCAUUUCAUUGAGAGCUCACACCAGAUCAUUCCAAAUCGCCUUCCAGAAAGACUAUUAAAAAAGUGCAUAUGCACAACACUUUCCAGAAGACAUUCCCUGGAAAUGGUCCCAUUAUUCACUUCACAGGCUUUGAGCUUGAAAGUAGAAAAAGUUUUAUAAAAUAAUGCAACAAAAAUGAUAUUUCUGACUGAAACGAAGACUGUGAUACAUUCUUCUCUCAUUUUAUUCUGGUGACGUUAAAGUGCAUUAAGAAAAAAAAAAAAGAAAGAAAAAAAAAACAGUUAGACCUAUUUCCUGAGUAGUUUCAGAGUUGGCAUUUUAAGUUGCUG